ACACACAACUGGACAAAAUGGUGGCCUCCAUCGCCAGCAAAAUUUGUAGUCGGUUAAUUCAAUCUAAAAAUACUAUAUUAAGGCGUGUUCCUAUUUAUCCGGUUUUCAUAAACAAAAGAAAUAAUAGUUAUGGCAAUCUGUUGCAGAGCAAUACAGUGCGAAUCGGAUGUGCCUCAGGGUUUUGGGGCGAUACAAUGACUGCAGCUCCUCAACUGAUUUAUGGGGGUGGCCUUGACUACUUGGUUCUAGAUUACUUAUCGGAGAUAACCAUGUCUCUACUCACAGCCAUGAAGAACAAGGAUAGUAAUGCUGGCUACCCUGUUGACUUUGUCCAGGUUGUUAUUGCUCCACACAUAAAGGAAAUCAAGAAAAGAGGAAUAAAGGUGAUUAGCAAUGCAGGAGGGGUGAAUCCAGAGGCCUGUGCUGCGGCCCUACAGGCUGUCUGUUCUCAAGCCGGCAUUGACCUCAACAUCGCAGUUGUCAAUGGAGAUGACCUCGUGCACAGGGCUCCAGAGCUGCAGAAUCAAGGUGUUAAGGAGAUGUACAGUGGAGUUUCCAUGCCGAAGUCUGUCACCAGUGUGAAUGCCUACCUCGGAGCGGGUCCGAUAUCUCGUGCCCUGGACCUUGGGGCAGAUAUCAUAGUGACGGGCCGCUGUGUGGAUAGCGCCCUUGUCCUGGCUCCGCUUGUACACAAGUUCAAGUGGGGCUAUGAAGAAUUUGACAAACUAGCCCAGGGAAGUCUGGCUGGUCACCUGAUCGAGUGUGGAGCGCAGGUGACAGGCGGGAUUUUCACAGACUGGCAUACCGUACCAAACUGGUCCAACAUUGGUUUCCCUAUCGUGGAGUGUGCAGAAGACGGCAACUUUGUUGUCACCAAGCCUCCCAAAACAGGCGGGAUUGUAUCCAAGGCAACGGUUGCUGAGCAGCUAUUGUACGAAAUAGGUGACCCUGCAUGUUAUCAGCUGCCCGAUGUCAACUGUGAUUUUACGCAGGUCUCUUUGGGGGAUGUUGAUGGUCAUGACGGAGAGGCGGUGUUUGUGUCUGGGGCCAGGGGAGUUGCAUCAUCGUCACAGUACAAGGUGAGUGCAACCUACAUGGACGGGUACAGAAUGACGGCUGUGUGUUGUGUCGGGGGACCCAGGUCAAAGGACAAGGCUGAACGUACUGCUGAAGCAAUUCUCAAGAGAACAAGGGCCAUUUUUAAACAGUUAAAGAUGGCUGACUUUUCGAAAGUAAAUAUUGAGAUACUGGGCUCAGAAAAUAACUACGGACAUAAUUCAAAGUUACCUGCAGGCAGUCGUGAAGCUGUGCUUUGGCUUGCUGUACACCACCCUGACAAAAGAGCGCUGAACAUUCUCGCCCGGGAGAUAGCCCCAGCUGGAACUGGAAUGGCUCCUGGACUUACAGGCAUUGUAGGAGGCAGACCUAAAGUGUCACCAGUCCUAAAAUUGUUUUCCUUUCUCCAUGACAAAGAUGAUCUGAAGAUUGACAUUGCAAUGAACGGAAAACAUGUUGAGACAUACACUCCACCAAAAGUAGCCCAGGAAGGUCAAAGUUCAGGGUCACCUAAGCAAUCAGAGGUGAAGGCCACUGGUGAAGUACACAUUGGGUCACAUUCUUACCGCCUGGAGGACCUGGCAUACACCAGGAGUGGAGACAAAGGGAACAGUUGCAAUAUUGGUGUGAUAGCACGGCACCCAGCCUACCUCCCUUACAUCAGACAGGCUCUGACGGAGGUUACUGUGGCUGAAUAUUUCGCCCAUCUACUUGAAGCUGACAAGGGCGCUAAAGUAGACAGAUAUGAAUGUCCAGGAAUCCAUGGCCUCAACUUUGUGCUUCAUGAGGCCCUAGGAGGGGGUGGUAUUGCCUCACUACGCAGUGACCCUCAGGGCAAAGCUUACGGUCAGAUGAUGCUGGAUUUUGAAAUUCACGAUAUGCCAGCUUUGGUCGACAUCAUUAACGAGUCCUGAAGCAACCAUAUUGUUCAAUGAAUCAGGGUAGACAUGCUGCUGUCUCCGGACAUUUUAUGUGACAAUCUGUGAUAUUAAAAGUUGUUGUUUUCAAAUACAACUUUCAUACAUUUAUAUCAUUAUAAUACAAAUAUAUCAUUAUAAUACAAAUGUUUAUUUAUACCAAGUCUAUUUUCCUAUUCCCCAAACUUCAUUUUAUAACUCAGCUGUAUUAUUGUUUCACUUUUAAUUAAAUAACUAUGUAAUAUCCCAAUAAGUUGUAUUGAAUUAGACUGGUGUGUUAAAAAUGCACACACGCAAUUGAUACGCAAUUGAUACUUCCUUAAUUCUCUGUAAAAUCAAACCCUCUUCACAUUUAUGACAUGACAUUAUAUUUGAAAGAAUUUAUUAAUAGUAUACCACUUUUGCACAAAAUGUGGGUGUUCUUCAUCCAGAAUUGGGGCAGUAAGCUUAGUGGGCUAUUUGACGAGUAAACAUUUAGGGGAUAAUACCAUGGCAAGUGUCAAGCCACUCAUAUUUCAUAACUAUUUUGAUUUUCUAUAUGUGACUGCAACAUGUACUGGUGCAACAUGAUCAAUUGUGUAUAUUAAAUAUAAAUAAAUAUUGAAAGAAGA